AUUAAGUAUGAAGACAUUUGGAGUUAGAAUAUUUGUCCAGACACAUAUACAUAUAGUGUAGUAAAAUCUGAAAACACACAUAAAGCAAAAGAAGAUAUACUAAAGCUUUCUGUCUCUGUCUCACUUGUCUGCUUUCCUUUGCUCUUACUCAUUCCCUUAUCGUUUAGCAACCAACCCUUACUUUUGAUCUUUUUCAUCUUUUAUUUGACUGAACUCUCUCACCAUGUGAUGUUCACUUACUACUUGAUUUGAAGACUCUACACUAUCCUCUUAUUAUUUAUUUCAUAUAUAUCCUUGGUGGAUUUUUUUUUGGCCAUUUCCAAAAUUUAGAUACUUCGUAUUGAAUACAAAUAAUACACACGCUAGAUGAAAUGUUUUACGGAGAUUACAUUAUGCUUCUGACUUCUGAGGCUAUGUCUCAUGUUUCAUUCUGUUUAUUAAAUUGAUGGAUGCUAUUAUUAGGAGAUGCUGCAUUGAAAAUCUAAGUUGUGGAACAUGAAGAUGAAUGAAGGGAAAUUGAAUAUUAAUGCUCCUCUUAUGUCUGUGAGGCACUGAUCUUGUGCACCAAUAUCCUCAACUGAAGCAAAGGUAAAGAUAUUGGAGAAUUCAGCACAAGCACUUCAAUACAACAAGUUAAACAUGACUCUAGAUCAUGUAACAGAACCUGUUGCUGUGCCUUUUAAUUGGGAAAAUAUCCGUGGUAGACCAAAAGGUAAAAUAAAUUGUGACAAAGGACUAAAAGAUGAGAAGUUAAAAAAAUUGGAAGAGGAUGAUGAUGAUGACGACGACGAUGAUGUUUAUUCGGAUGCCUUAGAAACAUUGUCUUCAACAGAAUCAUUAUCUAUGAAAUGUAGUGAAAGUGGUUUGGAUAAUUUGGAUGCAAACAAGUGUAGAAGUAAAACCAGUUCUACUGAUAAACAAUCUCAAGAUUUCAUGAUGAAUCGGUUUUUACCAGCAGCAAAGGCUAUGACUUUAAAACCACCUCAGCAUGCUCCAAGAAAACAACAAUCUGUUCUGUUAGAACAACCUAGCACCAAAUUGGUUAGUGAGGAAAAGAAAACCUUUGUUGACAUUAUACCAUACACUGAUCAAUACCAAGAAGAGGAACAAGAAGAAGAAAGUGGCCAUGAAACUGAUGAUUAUACAAAUACUUCAGCAAAAGGUUGUGGAUUAUUUCCUAGUUCAUGCAUUAAGAAUUCAUUGUGCUUAUUAAAUCAAAUUCCUGAGACAAAAAUGGAGAACCAGAUUUCCAUGUGGUCCUAUGAGGUUGAAAAACCUAACAAAAGUUCUCAUUUUAGCUCUUAUAGAUCAGGUCCAACCAUAAAGAAGGCUUGGGAUGCUAUUCAUAAAAGCAAAUCAAGAUCUGGAGCUUCAUCACCAGACAUGCAUGAGACAAGAAAAUUGAAUCAGCUAAGUAGGCUAUCUUCGGUUCGUCGGUCUGGAACGGCUGCGGCUGCUGGCAUAUCUUCUUUUCAAAGUAAGCCUCAAUCACCCUUUCAAGGAGCAAGAAUGUUUGGUGAUUCAAAACAUGCUGAGAAUAAUCAAUUUAGAAAAUUGAAAUUCCAAAGCCAAGAACAUGCUAGUUUUCAAGAGGUGCAAUCACAAGUAGCCAAAAGAAGAUCAAAUUCAAAAGAUCAAGAAAUUAACCAAGAAUCCAUGUCUUUGCAACUUGUGCAAAGUUCAUUUGAAAAAGAUACAAAGAUCAACAACAAGCAAAUUGUUGUGGUUGAUGGUUUACAAAAAACUGAUGCUAAAUGCGGCGUUAUGCACCUUCUUUCUCCACCAUUGCCAAAGUCACCUUCCGAGUCUUGGCUUUGUCGCGCCUUGCCUUUAGUUUCUUCGAAGAAUUCGUUUCGGUAUUCAAGUCAAGGAAUACAAUCCAAUGCUGAUAAAAGGCUUGGUUUUAGUAGAGCAUCCAGCUAUAGCAAGUGGGAAACAAUUGUGAAAACUUCAAAUUUGCAUCAUGAUCAUGAAUUCUGUUCUCAGGAACUAACCAUAUAUAAAUCUCAGCAUUCAAAAUCUUAGAGAUGGAACUAUGGCUUGUAUAUCAUAUUGUUAUGAUAUACUUUGGCCUACAUGCUUGGUUUUUGGCAUGACAGCAUAGGUAACUACAUUUUCUUAGAUUUUAUACACUUCUCAAUAUUCUGCCAACUAUGGCCUAUAUGCUUGGUUUUUAUAUACUUCUCAAUAUUUUUAUUUUUGAAGUUUUCAAUUUUGUUUAGAUUUGUUGUGUUCUUAAAAUUGAGCCGUGACAACUUUGUAUUUUCUUGAUAUCAGUAUUGUACAAAGAAGAAUACAUAUCCCAAUUGGUGAUUAAUAAAAAACAAACAGUUUCUUUUGGACUUGUGGUA